CCGGAAUGCACAUCUUACACUGUUCCACACCUACGUAAGGGUCGUAUUCUUGUCACAAUCUAGGAUCAUUUGAGGAUCCAAGUUUACCGCUAUGUACGACUUCAGGUUGCCUGCAGGUGUCGAUUUUGGGUGUACUAUUUGCGCCUCAACCUGUUUGGAAAUUCAGACAGAGCGCCGGCUCGACGAUAUAAGGACAACCUCGUUGCAGACUCGCACUCGGACUUCCUCCAAGCUCUUUGUACCAUUGACAUAGCUCAAGUCUAAGUUCCCCAGCCUUUCAUAUAACCACUUCAUCAUCACAAGCUUCUCUUGUUCAACAGACCAUGUUGGACUUACUCUCCAAAGAUCGAAUAGUCAACGAGGCAGGCCUCAGAACCGCCUUGCGCCACCUAGACACAAUUUCAAGUUCAGGAGCAACCGCAUUACAAGCUACGGUCAAACAUAUGUCGUCAUCACCCCAUGUUUUUGCAUAUAUUAUUUCUGUUUGGGAUCGCCGUGAGGCAAUGAUCUCGCGGAUCAUGACAGACUUUCCAAGAAUAUCUCAAGAAUAUCCAACAUCCGUUGCGAGAACGAUGCUAGACAAUCUAUCUAUGUACUUUUCAAACUUUCCAGCUGAGCCUCUAGCGAUGGAUGUCUCUAGGGACAUCAGCCGCCACAGAGGCUUCAUCGAGGACGCUUUACCCGUACUCUGCGCGUUGAACACUAUGGAAUUUUCUGGUGCAGGGUCGUUUGAAGACGAGAUCGAUCUCUUCAACCAAUCUGAUGAUGGAUUCGUCAAGAAGAAAGUCCCUCAGAAAAUGUACAAGCGUAAUCGCCCGAAAGCUCAUACGUCUAUCGAUGCAUCUCUCUUCCUGAGGCUUGAUGUGGUUGUGCCUCUCACGAGCGAGGCUGCCGCAUCAUUGUCUACUCACAUUCUUACGAAGCUGAAAAAUACUCUCUCGGUGAGUAUAUUCUCUGCUUUUUGACGUUUCCCCUGACAACUCUCCAUAAGUUCUAUCUCUCGCUUCUGCGGAGGACGGAAUUGGCAGGCGACAUUCAAGCCUUACUCCUCCCAAACGUGGGCGAGUCUGCCAUAAAUGUUGCGCCUGAAGUUUCGUCA